AUGGUUUUUGGAAUCGUAUUCUUAUUAUUUGUGUCGCUUGUGGUUGGUCAUCUAGAAUUGCUCAAAAGGGAUGAGUAUUGUGAAUUCUUGAACUUUGAAGUUUGUCGAAUCAGGGACAAAAUUAGAUACUUUAGUUGCGAAUUACCUUAUAGCGACCUUAAUGAUGAUAAUGAUGAUUAUAUCUAUGAGGAUCACUCUGUUAGUGAGCAAAAAUUUAUCAGAUACAUGUAUCAGUGUAUGUGCAAAUUAGAUCAUGAUUUUUUUCUCAUUUGGAGUGAAUGCAAUAGACAAUGUGGGUUUGACGGAAGCGGUGUUGGCGUGACCCCGGAAGCUAUUCAAAGUACAGUAUGUUCAAUAGCUCUGGGAGCUACUGAGUCUUCAUACAUUGAAGAUUACGUUUCAUCAAUGGAUGCAGAAAUAUCACGAGCUCAGACGGACACAGAGGGAAGUUACCACAUAAGUGAUUGGGGUGCAUACAAUGAUAUAUACAAUAGUACUGAUUAUUCUUCACAAGUUUCUUCAAUUUUGAAGUCUAUAUCAGAUUCAAAAAACAAAAGCGAGUCAACAAAGUCUUCCACAGCUACGACAACAAAGGGGUCUUCUAGUAACAUCGCCGUUACAGUUGGUUGUGGCUCGUUGUUUUCAUUAGCCUUGUUGGCUUUAUUGUGA